AGACUGGUUUUGCGAUUGCCGUGCAACAAAAUCUUUGACGCUAUAGAGCUUUUUAAACCUUAUACAAAUAAUCCCAUAAUCAUUCGUAUAAUUUCUCACAAUCAUAAUAUUGUCAACAAUAUUAUUGUUUAUAAUCGUGUUUCAAUAAAGAUAAUAAUAAAAUCAAGUGCCUUUUACAAGGUCCCACGAGUUUAUAAUUUACGAUGCCGGUUAUGUGGUGAAUCAAAAAUUAAACCAUAACCUCAAAACAAAUUUUUGCGGACAGAUCCUAUCGUCUUUUUUUCUCCAUUGCUCAUUACACCAUAUACCAUUUUAUUAUCCUAUAGUUACAAUUUUUGAUUUGUGCUUUAAAAUCAGUUUUGAAAUAAUAAAUAGACGGUAAAAAAAUAAGAUUGUUAAUAAUGCAGUGGCAAAAAUUCUUUGAAGCUGUUAAUAAUAAAUUGAGAAAUUCUCGUAUGCCUUAUGAUAUCAAGGCAAAGAAAAAAUGCGAAAACGAAGUCAUGUUAUGCCUUUUGGCAGAUCCGGAUGUAAGGAGGCUCAUGUCUUUAUGGCUAAAUGAACAGCACAAAACUAAGGAGGGAAAAUCUUUAGAGAAAACAAAACAACUACGUGAACUUGGAAAUAAAGAAUUCCAAGCUAAAAAUUAUUCAGCGAGUAUUCAUCUUUAUACAAAAAGUUUACAAUAUGCUCCAAUGGGAAGUGAGGAUUUGGCACUUGCUGUUGCCAAUAGAUCAGCAUCACUCUUCUAUCUUGAAAAAUUUGAAGAUUGUAUCAAGGAUAUAGAUUUGGCAGUAAUGUGGGAAUAUCCGGAAAAUUUGCGCUACAAAUUGCACUUGCGAGCUGCCCAGUGCUUUUGGAAAUUGAGAAAAAGAAAAUCAAUGGAAGAAUCUUUAAUGAGAGUUCAGGAUAUUGUUAAUAAUUGCGAGGAGAUUCCUGAAAUUAAAAAAACAAGUAUCAAGCAACAAGUCGCGAGUUUAAUGGCAACAGCGUCAAGCAUGGAAUGCGAUGAUGAAAAUGAGGCUUCCGACUCGAUGUCGGGCAAUAAACCGGAGCCAGCUUUUGGAGUUAAUGCAAAUUUCCCCUAUGCAUCUGCGGCUCUAGAGAAAAAAUGUGCACCCGACAAGGGACGUUAUGUUGUUGCUAAUCGUGAUAUACCCAAGGGACAAAUUCUCUUUGUUGAAAAGCCGUUUGCUUUCGUUUUGCUCGAUCACGAACAAUCGUCAUCACUUUGCGCUCAUUGCUGCCGACCACAGGGCGAUGUUCCAUUUCCAUGUAAAAUGUGCGUGGAGGCGAUGUACUGUGAUGUGAAGUGUCAGGAUGACGCAUGGUCAACUUAUCAUCAAUGGGAAUGUCCAGGAAGUCGUAUGGGAGUUUGGCAGCAAAUUGGAAUCGCGCACUUGGCAAUGAAAUUGCUUCUAAAUUGCGCAACAACUCAAGACGUUGAUAAGUUUAAUCAAGUUCAAUGCUUAGUUACAAACAUCGAUAAAUUAAUGCCAGAAGAUCUGAUCGUUUAUGGAAUUACGGCAACAAUGUUGACAUUGUAUCUAUACAAGUACACGGAUUUUUUCAAAGUCGUCGACAUCAAUGAGAGCUUCGUUCGUAAAUUCGCCGACAGCAGUUUGAGUUUCGAGUGCGAUCUCACGAUUGAAGAUGGCAAAAGGCUUUAUAUAAGUUCAUUACUUUUGAGGCACAUGCUGCAAUUGAUAUGCAAUGGACAUGCAAUCACAAGACUGAAUUUAACUGCGUCCGAUAAGGACAAGGUGUCAACCGAGCAUCAAGAUCGUGUGGCAACUGGAAUUUAUCUCUCAGCGAGCAUGAUGAAUCACGCCUGUGAUCCUAAUAUUAUUAACAGCUUCUGGGAUCAACAUCUGAUUGUGAAGGCAACAAAGGACAUUGGAGUUGGAGAGGAAGUUCUAAAUUGUUACGGACCACAUUUUCGUCGAAUGUCCAAAGACGACAGACAGGAAACUUUAAAGAAUCAAUAUUGUUUCAUUUGCAAAUGUGAGGCGUGUAAUAAUCCAGAGUUACGCUACUUUUUGGAGAGAUUCAGCGCAUUAAAGUGUCCUGAGUGUACUGGAGCUUUGCACAAUCUUCACAGUUAUUCAUUGCAUUGCCUUGAUUGUGGAGCAACUCCAAUUGUUACUUAUGGAGCUGAUUUAAAGGAGGCUCAGGAUCUUUACGACGCCGCGCAGGGUUGCAUCGAUCAUGAGAAAAUUGACGAGGCCCUCUAUAAAUUGAAACAGUGUUUAUGCAUCCGGCGUAACGUUCUCUAUAAACAUCAUGAAGAUAUUGCCGUGACACUUGAUUUAAUCGGAAAAGUCUACGCAAUUAUGGGUCGAUGGCUGGAUUCCAUAUCGUAUCUGGAACACAGUAUAGCAGCAGUUGAAGAGAGAUUUGGCCCCGACAGCGUAGAACUUGCCAACGAGUUGAACAAAAUUACGGACAUCUGUAUUCAGUACUUACGCGAAGAGACGAACACAAGCACCAAACAAUACAAAAAUACUCUAAAGAAGACACGCAGAUUUCUUGAUCGUGCAGAGCAAAUAAUGAACUUAAAUUACGGCCCGUGGAAUGAUAGUUGCCGUGAAAUAAUGGAGAAAAAGGAAAAGCUCUCAGUAUUGCUGAAGGAUUUCAACGUCUGAUUUAUUCGAAUCUAACAUGGUACGAAUGGUGAGCACUUUGACAGUAAAGAAAAAGAGGGUCCCGCGAGUUUAAUCAAUUUAAUAAAAAAUAAAUAUGUGACGGGAGCACUCUUUGUUUUUAUAAGAAUCAUAUAUGUCCGUUAAAUAGGUCGUCACUUUCGAACAGAAGGUUAGACAGAGUUACUCUUAUAUUAAAUAGUAAAACGUUUCAGAAUUCGUCUGAUUUGUUAGUAACUAUCUCUUUCGAUUGCUCGCUUUUCUCUCCUCUAUCAAAAUUUAAUUAUUCAGUGCGCUGAAUCAAAAAAAAAAAAAUUAUGUUUAGCUCUAUUUUUUUUCUUCAAUGCAUCAUCAUGGGCCUAAGUUUCAAUUCGCAAAGCGAAUAAUAAUUUUAUGUUUUUCUUUUGUGAUUUUGUUUAUUUAUAAGGAAAAUUUUACUUUCUUUAUUUUGCAUCGCAUGUUCGAAAGUGUGUGUUUAAGAUAUUUUAGAAAAUAAAAGGGAGAUUGGAUUCCCGUGAUAAUAAAUGAAGAGUAAAAUAAAAGUACUGAUCUUUUGAGAUAUUUUACACAUCUGGAAUUUAAUAAAGAUUGUGUAUAGAGUUACAAGGCUGUCGAAAAAUAUUAAUAUUAAAAAUGUAGUAUUUACACUUUUAUCUAUAUAAAAAAAAAAAAAAAUAAUUUGUACAUUUUGGCAGAAACACAUGCCUAAGGCUAUUUAAUUAUUAUCAACGAUGCAUCAAAUUACACAUUUUCAUCGACUAUAACUUAUUUAUAUCAGAUUUCUGUAUUUCAUGCAUAUUUUACACCUUGUAUUUAAGAUGGAGUAAUGGCGUUAUUAAAAUAAAUUAUUGUAUCACGCAAAACAAACUCGUAUUUGUAAUAAAUCUUGGGUGAAAUAAGUAAGUGGAAA